AUGUGUCCUAUCGGAUCAGUCGGCUUUCUUCCCGCCACUAUCGUUCAUUCUAAUGAAGUGCUUGUUGGAUUGGGUGAUGGUUACUUUGUGGAUACGACAUGCUACGACGCCGCAGAGAUUUUACAAAGACGAAAGAAAAUUGUGGAGAAAAAUAUUGCUGACCUACACGAACACGAAAAUCUGGUCAAAAACUACUCAAAAUAUGCGAGAGAGCUUUUCGAACGACAACGCAAUUCCGAUGAAGUGGAGAUUCGUGAAGAGUAUGAUGAGGUGAAAGAGGAUGCGCUUAGAAGGAAACGAAAAUCCAGGUUCGUCGCACCGAAAUCUGUCACGAAAACUGUGGCGGAUAUCAAUGCCGAGGCCGAGAUGAUGAAGAGGUUGGAAGAGCUUGAGCAGCAAGAGUUACGAAAUGGCGAACUUGAUCAUUCAUUCGACAAAGUGAUCGAAGCUGAAGAAGAUGAACCUCCACCAACAUUAGACAAAAUUCUUGAGAAGUUAGACGAUGAAGAUACAAAAUGUCUCAUGUCGAUUCUGUCCUCGGACUCAGCUGUGUCAUCAACAGAAAAGCAAGAGCAGUUUCCAAGUGGAAACCCUUGCGCAACAACCCAACGAAGAGCGUCAGAACAGAUUUUGCCUGAUCCCACCACUAAAACUGCAACUGAAGCUCCCACCGAACGAAAAAAGGAGUUAAGUUCUAAGCUGCAAUCAAGCUCUGUUUCCGAAGCAGUGAAAGAAGACGAUUUGAAGGGAUAUUUCAGAGGGGAUGAUCUUGUGAGGAUGCUUGCUGAGCAGGAAGAAGAGUACGACGAAAAUUCUCAAACCUAUCAACCUCCUCCUGGAAUCAGUACAGAGGCUUACCAAAGAAUUCUUCGAGUCGUCGAGGAAAUGAAUGACGAUGCGAGCGGUGAUGACGAUGACGAUGAAGAUGGUAGAAUAUUGGAAGAGGAUGAAGAAGAUAGUGAUACCAACAAUGUCGACUCGGAACUGGAUUCGGACGAUCUCAGUGAACCUGAGCAAGGAGUAAAAUUUGGACCAUUCACUGUACAGAACCUUGGACCAAAUGCACCUGUGAUCAAUUCAUCACCUCAGAGUCACUCAGUGGGGAAUACAGCAAGAAAUGUUGUGCUUACCACUUCUGAAGGAACAGCGACGGGAAAGACUGGGCCAAGAAGCGAUGAUGACCAGGAAGGAGUACGAACCCGUACUGAAGAAAGUGAAAAGAAAUGUCCGAAGAAGAAGAAAAGUGUUGUGUUCGCAGAAAAAUUGGAGAACUCGACUUUAAUUGAUAAAAAUGCACCGCCCUCCGAUGUCCGCGUAGAGCCUUCAACCUCCUCUUCUAACACAACUAUCGCUUCAAUACUCCGAAACGCAGAUGAAAAAACACCGACAAAUGCGAGGCUACUAACGGAAAUGACCACAGAUGAAGAGCCUCGUAAAGUUAUCUUGCCUGGAAGUAGGGAUGCAUUCACUGGCGUUAUUCGAGAGAGGAAUAUAAAAGUGCUAGAAGCUGGGGAUGCUGCUCCAUCGGACAACGUUAGAAGGAUAACUGGUGGGUCGGAGAACAACUGCCACGCGUUUGGCUCCAUGACGAAGAAGCAAUGGAGCUCUUCUGUGACAGAUCCAGUAUUAAAAGAAGUUGCUGAUGAGAUGUACAGCAAUGAAAUGAAUAAAGUUUCUGCGAUUGUUAAUUGUGAUCCAACAAUCGAGAUAAAGAUGCGAUUUGAGAAAGAGUGUAAGGUGAACUCAGAAAGAGCCGCGGAGAUGGUUCCUGCUGUAUUGAAACGCUAUCCGUUCACUACACAACCAUUUCAGUCUACCGAAAAGGCUAUAAAUGAACUCAAAAAAUCGCUCUCUAAUUUACCACCGGACUGUAUUUUUGGAGCUAUGCCGUGUGACUGUUUACUUAGUGUCAUACAUCGACUUCCUAUGACCACAAUGCUAUCACUGGCCACAAGUUGCAAAACCUUUAAUAGCAUAAUCAACGAACAAAAUCAUUGCCUUAAAGAUGUAAAUACGAUCAGGAUUGACUUUGAGGAGCAGCGUAAAAAUCGUGUUAUUGUAAUCAGCAUUAGGCGCGAUGAAGAAGACCCUAUGUCAAGGGUGGAACGAUAUCUGCACUGUACGCGUUGCCCCGAAAUUGACAAUGAAUUGGACGAACAAUUAUUAAAGCUUCCGUGUUCAACUGAAGGCGUGGGAUGGGUAGCGAAUGUACUCCCUGCGUUGUUAGUGAAUGCGCAUGUGUCGAACGUCGACUUUGUUGGCGAACAUGGUGUCGUGCUCUCUCAUGCAGUCCAAUUUCAAAAACUGUCAUGUAAAAGGCGCCCUUUUCUUGUAGAGGAACUCUCAUUUGGCAUCCGGACAUCAGUUAAUUCCAGUGUUGCCUGCUGUAUGUUCUGGAUACAGUUGUUACGACCCAUUAAGGUCAAGAUUUACCCUCUGUCAGGUGGUCUUUUUCUAACAUAUGGAGACUUGCGAUGGUUUUUAACUCAACCAAUGAAGAAAGUAGUUUUGUAUGAUCUUUAUAAUAUGAAUCUGCGUGCGAUUUCCGAAAUUAUUUGGGAUUGGUAUAAAGCUAGGCAGAAUAGUAUACCGCACACGGAGAUCUCCUUCGCGGGUGCUCCACCAAAUAUUGACGAUUUCUUGGAAAAGAUCAAUCAUAAGACUACAGGUGAAGACGAUGAAGGUCGUUUUGCUUUGCUCAAGAGAGGUGUUGAUGGAGCUAUGAUUCAACUUAUUGUGCCUUCUGGAGAGAAUAGGCUAGUCAUCAAGGACUACCACCCCUCUAUUUCAUAG